CCCUCCGAGUCCCUCUGCAUUUCGGGCGGGGAGGGGCGGUGCGAGGGACGGACCAGCGCCCGGCCCCGCUCCUCCUGUGCUGCCUCCGCCCGGCUCGGGCUGGGGCGGAGUGAUGGGGCGGGGACCUGGGGUGCCCCGAGCCCCGCGCGUCCUUCGAGCCCGCGCGUCCCCCGAGCCCCGGGUCUCAAGCGUUUCCUCUGCCCCCACACAGCCGAGGGGAAAGGGGCGCGGCCGAGGGUGGGGAGGUCCCCAGGCCAGGACAGCGAGGUCGGGAGGGAGGCUAGUGAGGACGGAGGGAGGACGCGGUGGCGAGUAGAGGGUCGCCCGCGGGCGGCCCCUCCUGGGCUGUCCCGUUGUUCCGAGUUCCCGGUUCCUGUCCGUCUCCCUGAUAGAUCAGCUUCUGGGGGCGGGAACCCCAGUGCUCGCUGCCUAGUGACAGACACAUAGUAGGUGCUCAAUAAAUGUGUUAUUAAACGAGCCGGGAUAAGGAUUGGGGGUGGAGAUAAGUGAGAGGGAAGCACCGCAGAAGUUGGAAGGGUGUGGUGCCGGGUGUGGCGGAGAACCCCUCUCCCGGAAGAUGGGCACAGCAGCCGCGAAUUCGGUGGGGUGGGUGCGGGCAUUCCCUCUGUGAAGAACGUUGAGGGUAUCUAUCUACAUGUGGAAGGUGUGGAGAUGGGGCCUCCUUCAGCCUUUUGAGCAAGAUGAUCUGAACUGGGGCUGGGUGUGGUCAGAGCCCCAGAGGCUGGAGGUGGACCACAGUCCAAGGCUUCACAGCCAACUGUUCCCAUGUUCAUCUGUAAAAUGAAGAGAUUAGAUGGCAGUUGUUUCCUUUCAGGCUGAAGGUUUCAUGCUUCCUUGCUUCAAAUCGGUUUUGUACUGAAAUUUCUUUAAGUGUUCCCUUGUGACAGUUUUUAUUAAUGGAUUACUGUGUGUGGGGCCUGUACUGGGUGCAGGGGCGAGAGAAGGACCCUGUGUUAAGAUGCAUGUAGUCUUGUGCAGACUAACAAAAUAUUGAUGACGAUGAUGAUUCCAUGUAGAUGGUCCUGGGCGCACAGGUUAAACAGAGAAGGGGCUCCUGGCUGAGCCUGGUGUGUCUAAAAAGGCUUCCCGGUCAAAGCAAUCCCUAAUCUGGACUGAGAAGGGGAGAAUUGAGCAAGGGCCUUCCAACGUUGGUCACAGGGUGCCAGGACACGCCAGCUGCAGCUCCUGCUGAUCUACCCCACCCUGGCACAGGUCAUCCAAUGGUGACUCACGGCCCCAGCUUCCUGGCUCCAUGAGGGUGCAUUCCUCGUGGUCAGUUGCAGACAUCUCUCUAACCUUACUCCAGGCUCCUGCUUCUCAGGUGUGGCGUCCAUCACACGCUGCCCUGCGGAUGUUGAGGGCGUGGGCUCUGGUGUGGCUGUUAGAAGACCUGGGAUUUUGUCCAGCUCUGCCAUUCAUCCAUGACUCUGGGCACAUCGGGGUCCUUCAUGGUCUCAGUUUCCUCUUUCGUAAAAUGGGAAUUAGGGCUCUUUUACUUUCUCAGCAGAUGACAGGAAAGGGACACAGCCGGUGCUGAUGCUGGGAGGCCUCCAGGGAUGGAGGGUGGCCUGGCUGGUGACCGCACAGGAACUGGGCUGGUGAUGAAGGUCAAGCAGGAGAAGCCGGAGCGGCUGCUGCAGACACUGGCACCGCAGGUCAUGCUUGCGGAGAAGGACAAGGAGAACAUCUUCCAACAGCACCCGGGCCUCCCGCCACGCCAGAGCAUGGGGCGGCCUCGAGCCCUUGGGGGACAGGAGGAGUCUGGGAGUCCAAGGUGGGCCCCUCCCACCGAGCAUGAUGCGGGGCUGGCAGGCCGUGCUCCCGGGUCAGCCUCCGGUCCCCUGAGCCCCUCGCUUUCCGCCGGCGAGGGUCACUUUGUGUGCCUGGACUGCGGGAAGAGGUUCAGCUGGUGGUCGUCCCUGAAGAUCCACCAGCGCACCCACACCGGGGAGAAGCCGUACCUCUGCGGCAAGUGCGGCAAGAGCUUCAGCCAGAAGCCGAACCUGGCGCGCCACCAGCGGCACCACACUGGCGAGCGACCCUUCUGCUGCCCCGAGUGCGCGCGGCGCUUCAGCCAGAAGCAGCACCUGCUGAAGCACCAGAAGACCCACUCCCGGCCCGCCACCCACUCGUGCCCCGAGUGCGAGCGUUGCUUCCGUCACCAGGUGGGCCUCCGCAUCCACCAGCGCGCACACGCCCGGGACCGCCAGGGCUCCCGCGCCGGCCUGCACGAGCUGCUUCGGGACUUUGCGGCGCGCAGGGCCUGUCGCCUCCGGCCGGGGCCGCCGCGGGGGCGCCCCGAGUGGGCCUGGCUGGGGCUCUGCCAGGGCUGGUGGGGCCAGCCUGGGGCCCGGACUGCGGUCUCCGGCCCCUCGGGGCCGGGCGAGCCGCGCCAGUUCAUCUGCAACGAGUGUGGCAAGAGCUUCACCUGGUGGUCGUCGCUGAACAUCCACCAGCGCAUCCACACUGGAGAGCGGCCCUACGCGUGCCCCGAGUGCGGCCGCCGCUUCAGCCAGAAGCCCAACCUGACAAGGCACCUGCGCAACCACACGGGCGAGCGCCCGCACCCCUGCCCGCACUGCGGCCGCGGCUUCCGCCAGAAGCAGCACCUGCUCAAGCACCUGCGCACGCACCUGCCCGGCGCCCAGGCCGCGCCCUGCCCCAGCUGCGGUAAAAGCUGCCGCAGCCGCGCAGCCCUGCGCGCCCACCAGCGCGCCCACGCUGCCGCUGAGCCCGCCGUUCCGGCCGGGGAACCGGGCGACCAGCUGCAGGCCGAGGCCAUCCCAGGCUUGGCCGCGCGGCCGCGGAGCUCCCAACGGUCCCCGGGGGCUCGGGACGCGCUGUGGGGCCGGGGACGCACGGGCCUCGCCGGGCCUGGCGAGCCGCGCCAGUUCAUCUGCAACGAGUGCGGCAAGAGCUUCUCGUGGUGGUCGGCGCUCACCAUCCACCAGCGCAUCCACACUGGCGAGCGGCCCUACCCGUGUCCCGAGUGCGGCCGCCGCUUCAGCCAGAAGCCCAAUCUGACGCGGCACCGGCGCAACCACACAGGCGAGCGGCCCUACCUGUGUCCCGCCUGCGGCCGCGGCUUCAGCCAGAAGCAGCACCUGCUCAAGCACCAGCGUGUACAUCGCGCGGCCCCUGCGUGCAGCCCCAAGGAGGAGGCGCGCUAGUGGACGGGACCUCAGCGGACCCGUGGUGGUGCGGGGGAUGUUUGCGGGGUGUGUGUGGGGAGUGGGUGUGGCCAGGAUUGCUGGCUCUUAGAACGCCCCACAGUGGGACCGGUAGAUUCCUGAAGGCUCUGAAGGGCUGAGAAUAGUUCUAGAAGGGCCCAAGAGGGUGCUGGGAAAGGUCCCAGCGUGGGCUGAGGGAGGAGGAGGGAAGAUCCGAGUUCCUCACCGCUGGCCCAGAUGUGACCACCCUCUUCAGAGGUUGGACCCCAGGCUUCAAGCAGCGAGUGAGGGGCCUGUUGGGGACGCUGGGAGAGUCUCCUGGUGUGAAGUGGCUUAGGUCUGGACUAGUCAGCUGCGGCACCAGCCGGUCCUGCUCACGCUUCAGAAUGGCCCAGGGGCUGCCCCUGUAGGAGAGUUGCCAAGACUCGGUGAUACCAAGGAUGGAAGCCAGAGGCUAUGACGAGGGAGAGCCAAGCAUAUUCCCAGCACCAGGGCCAGAGCUGGCACGUCGUAGGAAUCCAAUAAAUAUUUUUGGAAGGAG